GCAGGCAUCGAAAGGAAAGUAAAACAAAACAAAAAAACCUAGCCACUCCACCGUCUCAAAACAAAGACAAGCCCGUUUCUUUGAACACACACAGUUGAGUCUUGAAAUUCGCAACGAAAAAUGAGCGACAAUGCAUACUGGAGAUACGCUGAAGCAACGAGGCAACCGAAUGGCCCUGCCGCUCUUCAACCCGUUCUUGGCAAACGCCCCCACCCUGAAUAUGAUGUUCCUGCUGGCCAUGACUUACCCAACUAUUAUGGUCGUGAUGAUGGAAGAGGAGCACCCCGUGUUAUGAAAGAAGCGGAUUCUCUUGGUGCAUCCUACGAUCGUUAUCUUCGUGGCGUGCAAAUGGAUUCUUACUCUAGGGGAGAGCCUGCCAGAGUGAUUAGUGGUGGACUAAGUAGUCGGCCCAUUGAGGAUCCUCGCAUUAUGGGUAUUGGGGCCUCAGAUUUAGCAAAACACCAGGCGGUUGGAGUUGGAAGACCUGAGCAUCCUCUACCUCCGGAUGCUAGUCCUACAUUAUAUGUGGAAGGCUUACCUGCGAAUUGUACUCGCAGAGAAGUAGCCCAUAUCUUUCGCCCUUUUGUAGGUUACAAAGAAGUCAGACUUGUGACGAAGGAUUCAAGACAUUCUGGGGGUGAUCCUUUGGUGCUCUGCUUUGUUGAUUUUCUGAGUCCAGCUCAUGCAGCCACUGCCAUGGAUGCAUUACAAGGUGAUUCCUUUUAUGAAUUUUGGGAUGAUGUCUGAUUUAUUCCCCAGGUGUAUAUAGCCAGGGUCACAAAUGUUUGCACAUUUGGAGCCGAUUGAUGUUUUGCUAGGCUGAGAAUUUACAGAUCUGAGUUCCGACUUGCUAGUUAAAAUGCAUAGUUGAGAAUUUACAGGUCUGAGUUCUGACUUGCUAGUUAAAAUGCAUAGUUACUAGUGAGAGGCAAUUGUAAUCGUAGGUCAGAAUGUUCAAUUGUUAUUGUAGCUUAUGGUAACUGAAGUCAGAAGAGCCCCAUAGAAACUGAAGUUGAAGAGAAACAAACAGUUGAAUGUGUUAAUAUCUAGGCAACUUCCGUUUAGUUAUUAGUAUGUAAUGGUGAUGUUUUUUUUAGAAUUUGGUUCAUCUUCCAAAAGGGCAAAAAAUUGUAUAUAAGACCGUACAUGUUCUCAUC